ACACCGCCCCCCAGGUCUGCAGUUACAACGCUUUACGGGGCCGGUGUCAUUACAACAUUUGCGAGCUCACACUUAGCAUAGAUUUGAUCCAGGAAUCAUGGAAGCAUUUAGCAUCUUUAUUGCUGUUGUUGUUGCUGUCGUAGGAUGGAUGCUACUGAGAAAGUGGAUUCGUGGAGGUCGUUGCCAUAGUAAAGCUCGGAUGGAUGGCAAGACAGUCAUCAUUACAGGGAGCAAUACUGGCAUUGGCAAGGAGACUGCCAAGGAUCUUGCAAGACGAGGAGCCAGAGUGAUCAUGGCAUGCAGGAAUGUUGAGAAGGCGAGGGAAGCUCUACUGGAUGUCAUCAAAGAAUCUGGAAGCUCCAACGUGGUGGUCAAGAAACUGGACCUUGCUUCUAUGAAGUCCAUCCGAGAGUUUGCAGAGGAGAUUAAGAGAGAGGAAAAAUCACUUCAUGUGCUACUCAACAAUGCUGGUGUUAUGAUGUGUCCUCAAUGGAAGACUGAAGAUGGUUUUGAGAUGCAGCUUGGAACCAACCACUUGGGCCACUUCCUCUUGACCCUCCUCCUCCUUGACCUAAUCAAGGCGUCGGCUCCGGGUCGCAUCGUCAACGUCUCCUCCCUUGCCCAUCAAUUUGGGAAGAUGAAUUUUGAUGAUAUCAUGUCAACAAAGAACUAUGAUUAUAUCAAAGCAUAUAGUCAGAGCAAGCUUGCUAAUGUUCUCUUCACCCGUGAGCUAGCCAAGCGUCUUAACGGGACUGGUGUGACCUCAUAUGCCGUGCAUCCCGGCGGUGUGGCAACGGAUCUUCAGCGUCACCAAGACUCGUACAACCCAUUUGUGAAGUUUGGAGUCUCAUCCAUACGUCCGCUCUUUAAGACCGCCGAGGAGGGUGCCCAGACCAACAUCCACUGCUGUGUGGAUGAGAAGGCAGGCCAAGAAAGUGGACUGUACUAUAGUGACUGUGCUGUGAAGCUAGCAGCUAAACAAGGCAGAGAUGAUGAAGCUGCAAGGAAGCUAUGGGAUCUCAGCCUCAAACUGGUCGGACUGGAGGAGUAGCCAGGCAGCUUUUGGAUCUUGAUCUUGAACCAAAUCAACUGGAUUUUUAAACAUCAUAUCAGUAGUAACUUUCCCAAUAUGUUUUCGAUGACUGAUUAAACUUUCUUUUACAGUUUUUGUGCAAAUUAAUCACUGUUUUCCUAGCUGAAUAGUAUUAUAUGGGAAUUCCAUAAACAUGUAGUUAAAUGAACAUGUAUUCAUAAGGAUUCCCCUGCUAAAAUUCUUUCCUUCAUUUCCAUUCAGGUAAACAUAUAUUUUCCAAUUUGUUUUAAUAUGUUCAAAUAUGUACAGUGAAAAUAAUUUUUAGGUGGUGAUGUCUCUUGAAUAAAAUAAUAUAUGCUUGUGGUCAGAGACUCAGAGUGCCUUAAACAAUUUUGUUUAAAGUCAAAACAUUUUACAUACAAAUUAUACAUACCUGAAGGCAAACAAAAUUAAUAACAGCAUGAUAGAACUAGGACAUACAAACACAAACACACAAAGGACAGACAAAACAAGAAGAAGCACGGACAGAAGAAUCCAUAGAACACCAGUCACACACACAAAACCUAAAUACUUGUUUCUUAAAUCUUGAAUUUUAAACAGUUGACAGACAGAGAUCUUUAGCAUAUGAUGAUAAGCAGUUCCCAAUUGAUUUAACAAAGUACAUUCAAUGACACAAAUUGUGUGCACUGUUUUCAAAUACCAUAGUAACCAUACUGUAGCAAGGUGUAUAAAUGGGUGGUCGCAUACAUGUAAAGGGUAGCUAUGUUGAAGAAAGCCUUCAGCACUUAUAGUGUUUUGCUAUUCAUAGUGUUUAUAUUACUUUUGAUUGAAUGUCUAGUUUUCAUUGAUGUGGGGUUGUAAAUUGAGUACUAAACCAAUAAUAUAUUCCACUUGUUUCUUGUAUCCAAUCAAGUGAAGUGUCAUGUAAAACUGCACCUUUUUCACAAAGGACUGCAUUUCAAAUCAACAUUUUUCUCUCCCCCAUCUUGGAACUUUCUAAUCAAGGCAGACAUCUCAAAAAAUGAAUACAUAGAACUUUAUGUACAGUAUGCCUAUUUUAAGAUUAUAUUAGGAGAACUAAAUAUUGUGCUGUUUUGUG